UUUACCUCCCAUAUGAUAAAUCAUGAGAUUAUAUUCUUACAUAAAUAUAUGUAUGUACAUAUAUAUUUUCUGCAAUAGAUUGAUAUGUCUGCACAUGCGUAACAAUAGCAGGAGCGCUGUCAAUUCACCUUCGACCCCGAGUCCUGAGUAUAAAAAACUGACUACAUAAAUACUUUAAACAGAUAUUUCAACCAUUUUUUCCGGUACAAUAACAUGCUCACUUAUUUUUGUAAACUUCCUUUUUGCACUAUCCACUAAAUACACAUUAUUUGAAUACUCAAGUGAUAUAAAUUAUUACUUUAGAAAUUGCCAUUUUUAGAUAUUCAUUUAAUUAUUUUUACACUCAUAAAUAAAUUAAAUUCAAUUCAAUAAUAAAAUAGAAAAAGUUUUCUUUUAAGUAAUUCUGUUAUAAAAGUUAGAGUAUAUGAAAAAAUAAAAUAUUCAUGAUAAAAGAUAUGGGUAAUAUAAGAAUAUGAAUAAUGGGAAAAACAAACGAUCCGAGAUAAUAAAAAAAGAAGUAAGGGUGGAUUUUGAGAGGGAGUAAAAUGAAAAAUAUGAGGUGGAGGAGAAUCAGCAAUGGGAAUUAAGUUGCUACGGGGCUGGAAGUAAAAUUGGAUGACUAUGGAUCAAUGGUGAUAUGUUGUGUUGGUGGUAGUGGUGGUAGUUGGUGGUUGUGGUAGUAGUGACAGUAGUAGAAAUAGUUGUACUCGUAGUGGUGGCAAAAAGCCGUAGUGGUGGUGGUGACCGUAUUGCUCCAGCUACUGCUAUUGCUAUUGCUGAUAGCACAAGUACUAUUAUAUCGCGUAGUCUCAUAUGCUACAUUAUCGUAGUCACUUUACUUCAUCACGACUGAUUUGUAACACUGUGAAGUGAAUACGUAUUAUUAUCUGUAACAUACCAAUUAUGUCAGUGGUAGACAGUGAAAACAAUUAACUUAUUUAAAAUCAUACAUAUUAGAAGAAAAAGUUUUGAUUUAGUUGUAAACUUUUUUUUUAAAUAACAAGUUUGAAAGAUGAAAAAGAAAAAAUUUUGAUUUUUGUUUUUAAAAAAAAUUUAAUCAAGUGGUAAAUAUUUAUCCUAAAUUGUCAUAUCAUGAAUUUCUCAACUUGACAGUCAUCGGUGUGUGUUUAAAACAAAAUGCAUAAACGUGUUAAAUAAUAAAAUUGCUUCAGUAUUAUAAUGCCGAUUGUUAUUUCAAUUUUAUAAUACUAUUAUGUGUCAUGAACGUUAUCCAGGCGAUCAUUACAUAUCAAGAAUAAUUACAAAUACAAUAGAAGUGUGUUUACUCAGACUCUAUUAAGUAAAAUAUAAUAUCUAUUUUAUUUAAAUCUUUAAAAAAAAUUCAAUAAUAUUAAUACUCCAAUUUCCAUUAAAAAUUAAUCCUAACAACCAAUUUAAAAAAAAAAAAAGAAAAAAACAGCAGCAAAGUUCAUGCAUUAUUAAGUGAACUUUUAAUAAGCAGCACGGAAAUUAUAUAUCUUAAAAGACUUUUAUAGGGACCAAUAUUAAUUAAAUUAAAAAGUAAAUUAUAAUAUUUACGUACAACCUUUGCCUAUAAAUAUUAACUUUAUUUGGAAGUAAAAAAGUAAACGGGGAUCAACAAAUGAUUUUAAUAUUUUAUAUUUAACAUCAAAUUACUAAUCGAAAUUAUUUUUAUCAAUUACACCUAAAUGAUAGUCAAUUUGACAUAAAAUAUUUUUCCAAUUUUGGUGUUUUAUUUAAGAAGAAAACAAUCUAAAUGAUAUCACCUUACACUUAAUUGAUGGUUACUAACAGACUCCAUACAUGUAUUAUUAAACAGCCAAUGGAAGAUAUUAAGAGAUUAAAUAGACUUAAAUUACUUACAAUUAUAACACCAGCAACUACAAUUUGGAUUUGGAUUUGGAGAGACCACUAGGAUGCAGAACAUCAGCUGCGAAUUAAUCACAAAAAGUAUCACAACAACGAAAAAUGCGGAAAAUAGAAAUAAUUCCGCAAAAAUAAUUAAUAUUCAACUACUUUACUUAAUAAUUAAUAUAAUAUUUUUAGUAUUAUUCAACAAAAUCAUCAUAUUUUUUAUUUUGAUGAUUUAUAAUUUAAUGCCAAUCAUUUAUGAGUUUCAUAGAGUUAUGCUGGCGAAUUUCAACGAAUGCACUAAUUUAUUAAAAACAUUGUUUGUAUCACUUAAAUUUUUUAUUGAUAAUAAAAAUUGUCGAUUAAUAGAGCGAGAAAAAAACGAAGAGAAAAUCAUUAGACAACAACGACAUAAUAAAUUAAAAUACGUGCUAAAGAAUGCAGAAACUGCGCUCAACUUUCAAAAGGUCACGUACCCCAACAGGCACCGAGAUGAAAUCACAAUUAAGUCUAGAGGUGCCGAAGCAAAUACGAUCAGCAUCAUUCGAUGAAAUACAAUUAGAAGUAAAACGACAAACUGAUGAAACGACCAAAUAUCAAGAUUUAAUGCUAAUGAAAGCUAAUAUAACACCUUCUUCUUCACCGUCAUCAACACGAGCGGAUGCUAAAAAAUCAUCUACAUUAAGGGUUCCAUUACUUCAGAGUAGUCAAAAAUCACAGUCAUUUAGUACCUAUGAAAAAGCUUCUCUUUUGUCUUCUACAUCCUCCAGAUUAUCCAUAUCAUCUUCUGGGUCACACAAGAAUGAUUCUGUAUUGCAACAACAAGACUAUUGUCAUCAUUGUGUAUGCGUGAGAGAAUCUAAACAAUUACUUUCAAGAAAAAAACGCACUAAAACGGAGCAAGAAAUUUCUGCAUCUUCAAAUGCCGGAUUAACAGUUAAAAUUAAUGAUGAUAAUGAAUAUGAUGAUGCCAAUGAUGAUGAUGAAGAUGAUGAUGAUUUUAGUACUGAUAGUGACGAUAGUAUUGAUGACUAUGACAUUAAUGACUGUCAGAAUGUCAUCGAUAGUAAAACUGCUGAUUGUAUUGAGACUCAAGGAGAUAAUAAUCAAGUUGAUGAAGAGGAACGUGUUCGUGAAGGUAGUCCUGAAAUCCGGGUAACAUUAAUAAAUUUCGAUAGACAAGUAUCUGAAUUUUAUGGCAGCGAUGUUGGUAGUGUUGAUGGUGGUGGUAGUUCCGAUGAUAGUCAGAUAAAAGUUGAAUUUAUUCCUGCCGAAAGAUCACGACGAUUAUCACGUCAAGAGGCACUCACAUCAUUUCCAAUUAAUUUGCCAUCAAUUACUGGAGUAACUGACACUGAUGAUCAAUCAUUAGAAAACAUUACUACUGAUGGUACAGAUCGUGGUAAUGAUGGUGAUGAGGAAGAAGAUGAUGAAGAUGAUGAUGAGGAUGAUGAAAAUGAUAGUGAUAAAUUAAAUAAGAAAAAAUUUAUUGUAAGAGAUAUUUUCCUUACGGUACCUGAACUGAAACGAGAUCGCGCCGCGUCUGUUGAUUCGUGCUUUGAUAAUAACAAUAAAAUUAGUCAAAAUGAUGGUAGUAACUAUUUAACUGUACCUCAACAGGGUGCAAGAUCGAAAAGUGUUGAUAUUGUUUUACCAACUGAACAACAGACGCACUAUACUGCUUUAUUACCAAAAAAAGACGGAGUCAGAGGAGGAAAAGGGCCUGACACUAGUAAUCGUCAGUUACGAUCAACACCUGAUUGGGGUCCAGAUGCUAUUAAUGGCGAACACCUUUGGAACCCUACUGCAACUUCUGGUGAUUUUUGUUAUGUCAACGAUUGUUCGGUAAAACAUGGACCACGUUUAAAAUGUGCUGCUUGUCAUGUUGUAGCGCAUGUAGUAUGUGCACCUGAACUAGCAUUCAAUUGCAAACCGACAUUUCGCGAUGUAGGAGUACGCCAAUACCGUGAACAAUCAUCAACACAUCAUCAUCAUUGGGUUCACCGUCGUUCACAAAAAGGCAAAUGUGCCAACUGUGCAAAAGCAUUCCAGUCAAAGUUAUCAUUUAGCUCGAAAGAAAUAGUUGCUGUGUCGUGUAGUUGGUGUAAAUCAGCCUAUCACAAUAAGGAAUCAUGUUUUAAUGUACAAAAAGUUGAAGAAGAUUGUGAGCUUGGUACUCAUAAUACAAUUAUCGUUCCACCGUCUUGGAUAAUAAAACUUCCCCGUAAAGGAGAUUUCAAGAGUAGUUUACGGAAAUCUCCCCGAAAAAAGAAAGGAGCUAGUCAACGAAAAAGUAAAGACACAUUAGAACCAGAAGCUAAUAAAAGUGAUAAAGCUGAUGAUAAAGAAAAACUCUGGGUAGUAAAGUCAGUACCCUCACUAACAAUAAAGCCAGUCAUAGUAUUUAUAAAUCCAAAAUCAGGUGGUAAUCAAGGUGCUAAGCUUCUUCAAAAAUUUCAAUGGCUUUUAAAUCCCCGGCAAGUGUUUGAUUUAACUCAAGGUGGACCUAGAAUGGGCUUAGAGUUAUUCCAAAAGGUACCUAAUUUACGGGUUUUGGCUUGUGGUGGUGAUGGUACUGUUGGGUGGGUUUUGUCUAUUUUAGAUCAAAUUGGAGUGUCGCCUUCACCAGCAGUUGGAGUUUUACCUCUUGGAACUGGUAAUGAUCUUGCUCGAGCACUUGGCUGGGGCGGUGGUUAUACGGAUGAGCCAAUUGGAAAAAUUCUAUUAAACAUUGGAGACAGUGAUACUACUCUUCUAGACAGAUGGCAAGUAACUGUUGAAAGAAAUCCCGAUGCAAAUAAUGAUGAUGAUAGCGGAAAAGGAAAAGAAAAUCUUCCAUUAAAUGUAGUGAAUAAUUAUUUUUCAUUGGGUGUUGAUGCUCAUAUUGCUUUGGAAUUUCAUGAAGCACGUGAAGCUCAUCCGGAAAAAUUCAAUUCUCGAUUACGGAAUAAAAUGUUUUACGGACAAAUGGGUGGGAAAGAUUUGGUGAGACGUAAAUGGAAAGAUUUAUCAGAGUUUGUAACUUUAGAGUGUGAUGGUCAAGAUUUGACACCUAAAUUAAAAGAACACAGAGUGCAUGCAAUUGUUUUUCUAAAUAUUCCAUCUUACGGUGGUGGUACACGUCCAUGGGGAUCAAUCAGUGGUGGUAAAGAACCAUCGACUGAAGACGGACUAUUAGAAGUUGUAGGUUUAACUACUUAUCAAUUGCCAUUAUUACAAGCAGGAGGCCACGGUACUUGUAUAACUCAAUGUAGCCGUGCUCGCCUUGUUACAACACGAACCAUACCAAUGCAGGUCGAUGGCGAGGCUUGUCGAGUAUUACCUUCAAUAAUUGAAUUACAGCUCCUAAAUCAAGCAACAAUGUUAGCUAAACGUAGACAUUCCAAUAAGCCUCAACAAAAUGUAGAGAAUAGAUUAGAAAGUCUUAAAUUACCAAUUAUGGGUAUUAAAAUGAUAGACUAUAAAGCAUAUCACUCGGAUAAAGAUCGAUUAAAAAAAGCCGCAGUGAGUUGGUCAGAUAAGCCUUUAGAUCUUGAAGUAACUAUGGAUUUAGAAUCAUUGAGAAAAAUGUUAGCAAAAGACUAUCCAAUGGAUAAUUGUUGUUUUCUUGACUCUUGUACUGCUGAACGAUUCUUCAGAAUUGAUCGUGCUCAAGAGCAGCUUCAUUACGUUACUGACGUGGCAUCAGAAGCAAUUUAUAUUCUUGAAGAAGAAUCGACAAGCCAAAAUGUCGAACCUGACAUUGGAAAAAUUCCAGAACCUGAUGCAAAUGUACCAUCUCCUAGUGAAGAAACGUCAAUUUCCAAUAAGCCACCGACGUCAAAAGAAUCUAAAGAUCAAGGAGUAGUUGAACAUUCUAAUGAAGAAAAAAUGAAAGAGCGAUUAUCAACAGAACAACAAGAAGAAAAUAAAAUAACAACAGCAAAAAAUAUCGUUAACGAGAAAAAUACUAGUGAAAAAAUUGUACGCAAAAAAAGUUUAUUAAAACAAAUAUCUUUUACUGAACGAUCUCAUCGGGAACCUCAUUCAGCAUUUAUAAGUCCACAAGAAAGACUGUUUAGUUUAUCAUCAGAAGUUCAAACGUUUGGAAGUGGACUGCUUGAAAAAACUAGUGACGGAAUACUUCGAGCGGCUAAAGGGGAUGAUUUAAAAAGUCUUAAAGAAUUACAUGAUCGAGGAUAUUCUCUUCUUUCAAUAGAUGCUAAUGGUCAAACAGCGCUUCAUCUGGCUGCAAGACAUGGAUUCAAAGAUAUUGUUAGAUACUUAAUAGCUUGUGCGCCACCAACCCUUCUUAACAUGGUUGAUAAUGACAAAGGACAAACAGCAUUACAUAAAGCUGCUCAAACAAAACGUCGAUCAAUUUGUUGCAUGCUCGUUGCCGGGGGCGCAACUUUAACAGUCCGUGAUCGUCAUGGAAAUACCCCAAGACAGCUUGCACUUAACGCUGAAGAUCGGGAUCUUGCAGCUUAUCUACAUAGUCAAGAACAAUUUCAAUUAGUGACUGAAGAUAUGCAAAACCGAUCUUGAACUAUUAAAGGUUUGUGAGAAAAGAAAAUAAUUUUUACCAUUAUCUGCAAUCAUGAUUUCAAUAAUGGAAUUUUUCAGUCAAAAAAGAAUGACUUAACAGAAUAAUAACUAGAAUAUUUUAAGCUCAUAUAUAGUUUUUUGAAAAAAUAAAAAUACGAGCUCAUAUUAUAUUUUCUACUUUUUAAUUGUAAAGUUCCGUAAUAUUAAUUAUUAAUAAAAUGCAAAGAUAACUUUUUGAAUAUGUAUGUAUAUAUGAGUGUAUUGAAACGAGCUAGAAAAAGUGGAAUUUUUUUCUAUUACUUUGUACUCUACAGAGAUAUAUAUCAAAGUGAAGUACAAAGGUUAAGCAACGUCAACUAUUCAGUGCAUAAUCAAGUGAAAAUUUUUUCAAAAUUUAAACAAAAUGAAAAAAGUGAUUACUCAGACUCUAAGCUAUGAUGAAUAAAAAGUAAGAAAAUGAAAAAGAAAGUUACACUUUUUUUGACUUGUUGUUUCCAUGUAUAUACAAGUAUAUAUUUAAAGAGGAAUCUUUUAUAAGAUUCUUUUAAUUAGAGAAGAGUUCUGCAUUAUUAUCGUCUGAAGGUGUUAAAUACCCAGAUAGCCAAUCAUCUUCUAAUUAAAGUUAUUUAGAGUUGCAUUAACAUUAAAAAUUGAAUACAAGAUUAAAUAUAGUUGUUAUUUGAAUUAAAUGACUAUUUUUAAGUCACCCAGAGUACUAUGUUAGUUUGAAUCGGUUACUUAUUUAAAUCCGAUUAUUGAACAGAUCAAUUGCUAAAUAAAAAAUUAAUAUUAAAGAAUAUUUUAUGAAGCGCAUUGUUACUGAAAAAAAACAAUUAAAAUGAAUGCAUCAGCUUCAAUGAUUGAUAAUUAAUUUGAGAUUAUAUUUAGUGACAACCUUUUGUUUUCGAACUUCAAUUUUUAAUGUUAGCCAAGCUUAAAUAAACUUUUAUUGAAAGAUUAAUUGUUGAUCUCUAUUUUUCAAUGCUCAAAUGUGGCUAUUUGAAUAUAAAUAAGUCAUUUUUUGUGUAAAAGAUUUUAUGUGACUAAUAUUGUAGGACUUUCCUCUACUCUAUACAUACAUGUACUAAAAACAAUUUACUAAAAAUUAUAAUAAUUGGUACUAAAGUAAAGGAGAACAAAUAUAGGGAACAACAAUCUAUGAACACCAAUUAGCUAUUAGAAAUAAAAGUGAUCGACCUAUUGCUUAUAUUAUUUGUAUUACAUAUACAUUUAAUAAUAUUCCACAUAUAAAAGAUUUAUUAUGAACUUUUGUUUUUGAACUGAACAAACUAAAAGUUUAAAUUGAGAUAUAUAUAUUUUCAAGCUUUAUUACAUCUAUGAUAUAAAUAUAUAAAUGAGAAAAUGACGAUAGGAAAAGAAGACAAGAAAGUGAAGCAUGAGAAUUAAAUUUGUGUUAGAGUACUAAGUGAUUUCCAUAUAAAUUGAUAUACUAAUUAUUAUCUUCAAUUCGUUAUAUCUAUUAUUCGAUUAUAAACAUUACAAAUUAAAAUGAUAAAAAAAAUAUGACAACUGAAAGUAAAAAAAAAGAAAAAACUAAUUUCUUGCGAAUUAUAUAAUUAAUAAUUACUAAUUAUAGUAACCAAAUGUGCGUCAGACUUUUGAAAAACUAAUGGAAGAAUACGUUUGGAAUUAUAUUUCAGUUUUACGUACGUCUGCUAUGUUUCUUAAGAGCAGUCGUAUGUAAGAUUGUCGUUAAAAUCUGACGUAAAAUGUACUCUCUAAAAAUGAAAUAUACUGCAAAAUCAAUGAAUUCACUGAUAUUACAGUGUAAAUUGAACCAUUAAUAAUGUACGUAAGCACUGGUUACUAUAUAAUCAUGAUCAAUAUCAAUACUUCGAAAAACAUGUAAACGAAAAAGUAUUCUAUCAGAUGUACUUAAAUUCUUAUUUUUAAAGAUAUCUCGAAUUUUUUAUAUUUAAGUUUUUGCACAUGUGUGUUGGAUUAAAAAAUUUUUUCAGUGAUGACUAAAUGAGUUUGAAAUUGAAUUAGUCCUAAAUAAGCAUAAAAAAUGUUGUAAAAAUAAUAUAGAGAUCAAGAAGUAACUAAACGAAAAUAAGCAAACUUUCAAUAGAAUUAAAAAUUAAUUUAGGAUUAGAUUAUCAUAUUAAAGAUUGAAUAAAUUAAGACAUUGCCACCUCUACUUUACAAUACUUAAUAACAGUAGUGUAAACAUAAUCCGUCAAUGCCUUCACUGUCCACAUCUUCUUUGAAACUUAUUUGUCAACUAACUGUUAUAAUUGUUAUCUUUAGUGAGAAUGAAAUUUUUGUGAUCUGAAUAUUAAAUUUAGAUUACUUGAUAAUGAAAUGUUUUAAAAAAUGUUAUGAUGAUAAAAAAAAUUAUAUUUUUAUUUUAUUUAUGUGAUAGCUGUUGAAUUAAUUUAAAGUUAAAGAAAAUUAAGCUUCUCUAAAAACUUAUAGCUGAAGAGAGAUCAAAGAGCCGAUGUUUAUAAAAUAAUAAUGGUUUAUUUAUAAAUAAUUUUUUGUUUUCUACAAAGCAAUAAAUAAAAAAAAAUUGUAAAUGGAAAUGUUAGGUAAAAGGAUAUUAGACAAUCAUUAAUGAAAAAGGGAUCUUCCAGGUAAGAGCUUACUUUAAACAUUCGAGUCCUGAAUAUGGUCUUUAUUAACUUAUUAGAUUUUAAAGUAAAGUAAAAAAAAAUAAUAAAAUGAAUUUUUUCUUAAUUAUUAUUUAUAGAAAAGUUUAUUUCAUUAUUUCUUUUUAUUUUAUUAAUAAAUGUAAUUAUUGAUAAAUUAUUUAUAAGAACAAUCGCACGAUUAGAUUUAUCAGCACCGUUGUUUUCUUAUUAAAAAUUUUUUUUAAUCCUAAUAUAUAAUCGUAUUUAAU